GCAGGACUUCCUCCACAUCUCAUUCGAAUCAAAUUAGCACAACUCUAACGAGAACCCCCAUCAUGAUGUCGGAAGCGGCUUCUGAAAAUAAGACUGUGCUGGUGACAGGCGCUAACGGAUUCGUCGGACAGCACGUGGUGAAACUGCUACAACUGAGGGCGCCAUACAUAGAAGAGAUCAGAGUCGUAGAUCUGCAGCCUUUCAGCAAGCGACUAGAAUACGAGGACAGGAUAUCAGUGAAGAGUUACGUCGGUGACAUAUGCGACAUUAACGACAUGUACAAAGCGUGUCGAGGUGUCGACGCCGUCAUUCACGUCGCGGGGGUCGUCAGUUUCGGCACCUAUCCAGACGUCGAUGCAAUGCAACGGGUCAACGUACAAGGUACGC